AUGAUGAGGCUGAGAGUGCGUAAAGCUCCUCAGCAGCCCAACAUAGGCCGUCGAACACACCCGUCCCAGGCCAAACGGAAACACUGUGAAGUGGAGCCCUCCCCGGUCAGAGGUCGAGGCAAAAUGCAGAAGAAUGAAACCGGCCUGCUCUCCACGAUAAAGAAGUUUAUCCGUGGAAAUGCAGUCAAGGUGGGCUUGCAUAACAGUUUUCAGCUGCUUGUUAAUAAGUCACUGUUUGCUGCUGACAUACAGAUACUCUGUAGGGAAACACACUCACAUUCACAAGUGCACUGAGCUCAGACAAAUGGGUAAUCUGUUUUAGUGUGUAUAUUUCACCACUAAAAAGACGGAAACCGUACAAAUGCUGAGAUAAUCUUUUAGUUUGUAUAGUUUGAAAUUCUUUAAAUGCACAGUAGAAUUACAACCGUCUCUACUGACAUGGUUUAAUUUGCCCAAACUGAAAUUAAGAAAUACAUUCAUCCUUUAAACAUGGAUUAAGAUGUCCAUUGCUCUUCUCUUUCUUUUAAACAAUAAAUCCCUCGACUGAAAAGGUAAAAUUUCACACAUUCAGUGAACCAUUGCAGCUCUGACUGCUUCUGCAUUUCUGCUUUUACUCCUCUCAGGUUGAGCAGGAUAUCCCAGCCAAGAGGAGUCGUAUUGAUUGUAACUCUGACAGCGAUCUAAUCACUUCAACACCCCAGACCAGAGGCCUUGCCAGCAAAUCAGUCUCCAGAGUUUGCCGGAAAAGUCCAAAUAAAGGUACUACAAACUCAGAUACAAGCGUUAUAAAAUAAGGCUUUGGCUGCAGAGUGGCAGAUCAUAUGCUGUGUUUUUAAAGAAACAGAAAUGUGCAUUUGUGUUGUUGUGGGUUUGUUCUCAAACAGUUUGUCUUUCAGACACAAUGACUUGCAACAGUAAACCCAUUAAACCCAAUGGUAAGUUGGAGGCCCCUGUUGAGGCAGCAAGCAGCCCACCGCGCACCACUCUGCUAGGAACCAUCUUUUCUCCAGUCUUCAACUUUUUCUCACCAGCAACUAAAACUGGUAAAACACUCUAUUAAUGUAUAAAAUGAACACAAGGCAUGAUUGAUUAAAAGAAAAAUUACAACUUGGUUUGAAGCUGUGCUGACCCUCUCAUCCUCUCUCGACAGCCACUCCUGGUUCAGACUCUCCAGGCCAGGCGAUGGAGGCAGAGGAAAUCAUGAAACAGCUGGACAUUGAGCAGGCAGAGGAAAUGCCGAGCAGCACCCUCACAUCCACAGAGAGCAUCACUCCGUGUCACACAGCCCCCAUUUUACCACAGAGGCUUCAGAUGACCCCUGACACCAACAUAGAGGAAGGGGAAAUUGUCACAGAAACUGACAUGCCGCCGCUGACAGGUAUGACCAUUUUCACAAAUUCUCAGCCAUUAAAGCGGGAGAGGAGACUGCUCGAGUUUUUAACAGUUUAACUCAAAAGUAGAGCUAAAGGGAAAUGAGAAAUUUUAGGUUCUGUGGGGUGACGAAAAAAAUAUAAACUCAAGGAACUGAACAUUUCAACUUUAGCUGUCUGUGCAAGAUCAUAACACUGUAGCUUUCUCUCUAUCUCUUUGUCUGCAGCAGUCCCUGGGUGUAUGCCAGACGGCGGUUACCGACACACAUUACCUCCAGCCCCAGCAGAAACCUCGUAUGAAGAGGACUGGGAAGUUUUUGAUCCGUAAGUGCGCUGAAAAGACCGUUAUAUUAGGGGAACUAACAACCAGCACUCCCAGCAGUACUUCUCUAAUGACCAAGUGAUAAAAAAGAAUGUGUUCAGGAGAACCAGCAAACUUAAAACAAAGAAAACAAGGAAAAAAGCACUGUGACUUUAAUGCUUUCUGUUUGAUUGCACCUUAAGUUGAAUCCAAGGUGACAUUGUUAGUCAGUGUGUGAGCAGAGCUUGUUGUGAUUUUGAACUCUGAACCUCUAGAUGGCAGCAGAAACAGAACAAUCAACCUGAGUACUCUUUAAUGACAUGUAACAUCACUGCACCUUAACAAACAGCACAAUUAUCUCACACAUGAGGAGAUCUCUUUAAACCCAUCGUACAGAAAAUAAAGUUUGUCAUGUUUUCUUCACUUUCAGGUACUUCUUCAUCAAGCACGUGCCUCCGCUGACAGAAGAGCAGUUAACACGUAAACCAGCGCUACCUUUAAAAACACGCAGCACACCAGAGUUCUCACUCGUCCUGGACCUGGUGAGCAGCGAGAGGUUUUCUUGUGCGUCAUUUAGUUUUUGUUACAUGUCCAUCGGCUAUAAGAGGUGAUUUCUUUUUCUUUUUGUUUCUCCUGCCAGGAUGAAACCUUGGUCCACUGUAGUUUGAAUGAGCUAGAAGACGCAGCCCUCACAUUCCCUGUACUCUUUCAAGAUGUUAUAUACCAGGUACUGUUCAAAAGUCACUCUUCGAUCAGAAAAGCGUCUCUUUUCAUGCUGUUGUGGUUAAUCUUUGACCUGUUUUUUUUUUCCUCUUUAAAUUUCAGGUGUAUGUUCGAUUGAGGCCUUUUUUCCGUGAGUUUCUAGAACGCAUGUCUCAAAUGUAUGAGGUGAGCAUCUCCACAAGUUUAUAAGAAACUCAAGACUUUGUGUUUGUUUCCAUGUGCAAAUUCAUCAGUAACUUCUGUCUCAAUAAAUUCCAGAUUAUUCUCUUCACGGCGUCAAAGAAAGUCUACGCUGACAAACUGCUCAACAUCCUGGAUCCGAAGAAACAACUGGUCAGGUCAGUGACUGGACGAGUCUGUGACAGCUGUAUAUCAAAUGUUUGGAGUUAACUGUGAUAGAAUGUAAGUGGCCAAAUGAAUUUUACAUGACUUCCAGCCACAGUGAGGCCUGAGGAGAAGUUCAGUGUAAUCUAAAACUUGACAGUGAAAGCUAAUACUUAAAACCUUGACACCUAACUGUGGUUCAUAAUCAGAUCUGGGCAUGUUAGUCGAUCACAGAGUAGGGCGACCAUAUUCUGAAUCCCCAAAAAGAGGACCCGACUAUGUGGGGGCGGAGUCACAGAGUUGCACUCAGUAAAUUUUGAGUUUUUCAGGUCGGAUCGAGUGCUUUUUACGCACUUCUAACUCAAUUAGUCCACACGACACAAACUCAAAACUUCCGUACAAAACCCCGAACAUUUGAAGGAUUUUAUAAACUCCCAUAUAAACAAGGCCGAACAGCCCCCAAAAAAGAGGACAUGUCCGGGUAAAAGAGGACGUAUGGUCGCCCUAUUACAGAGUCCCUCUGGACCUUUAAGAAAAAAAAAUCAGUUUUGUUUGAAACACUGAAGCUCCUCUCCUCUGUAGUCCCUGGAGGUAGAAUGAAUCACUCAGCCAAAUGUGAGUUACACCGGCCUUCUUUACAUUUGAGGAACUAUUUGACUCAGCUUUGUGUGAGCAACUAAACAUUGGUAGUUUGUUGCUCAGAUGAUGAUGAUGAUGAUGUGGUUGUGGUGAUGAUCUUUCAGUAUAAACUAGAAAAUUCCCUCUGGGCCACAUUACAAUGCGUUUCUUCUGAGAUUUGAAAUAAUGAAUACUAGUAGCAUUGUGAUAUUAUAUACAAGGAGCACACCAACAACAAAAAAAUGAAAAUGUUCCUUUUUCAAGUAUUUAUGUAUAAAAAUAAAAAUAAAAAAUGUUGCAUUUUUUCUUGUCUUUAGUGCAAAAUUUUUCUAGUUUUUUUGCGAAGAGAGCACACUAAUCCCAAUCGAACAGCACAGUUUGAUGUAUAAUUUGUCUCACAACUCUUAAAGCUGUUGGACUUCUAACAAACCAAAAUUUGUCCGGAAGAGGACUAAGAAAAAAUCCACGCUACAACAAUAGUGCACUGGCUCCUAUACUGUUGUAUAGAGGCCAGUGCCUCAGUGCGUUUGCCCACAUUGGUCUCUGUGACUGAUCAUGAACCAUCAUGUAGUCUGUAAUCAUGUCUGUCUGUCAGGCCUUGGCACAUUUUUAUGGCUCUGUUAUUGUUGAUUCUGACACAGUGACCGCCGUAACAGACAAACAGCAUUGUGAAGUCUGACCUUAGCAUUACUUAGGCUGUGUUUUUAUGCAAUUUUCUUGUGUUGUUCAAAACAUAACUCAGAAACAUGGUUCUGUUUUUUGAUUGUUUUAUAAAUUGGAUAUUAUCCUCUGUGUUUUUCAGGCACAGACUAUUUCGUGAGCACUGCGUGUGUGUUCAAGGAAAUUACAUAAAAGACUUGAACAUUCUCGGGCGGGAUCUUUCCAAGACGAUCAUAAUCGACAACUCACCCCAAGCCUUUGCCUAUCAGGUAAAAUUUUUAUCAAAACCAAGGUGUGAGCCAGCAACGUCUGUCUAUCACAGGUAUAUUAGAGCUAAGAGUCUCUGUCUUUUUCAGCUGUCUAAUGGGAUACCUAUUGAGAGCUGGUUUGUGGAUAGAAAUGACAAUGAGCUUCUGAAGCUUGUUCCUUUCCUCGAGAAGCUCGUGGAGCUGGUAUGUACUUUCAAACAUUUUGGCAUCUAUGUUUAGACGUACAGUAACAGACAAAUUUAAACUGUGACUUAACGAUAAAUUAAAGGUUUAUACGGAGGAAUGUUGAGGUUUAGAUUUAUUACUGUCAGUGACAAUCAUAGAAGUACAACAAAAAAAAGCCUGUUCACUCCAGAGGUGUUUUUGAAGAGUCCUUAGUCCACUUGACAAAGCAGAAAUGAUUAAAAGCAAUCACAUAAGCAUGCGGCACCACUAGGAGGAGACAACGUGUGAUCAGUCAUGAGAGCAUAUGUCUCAUUCAUGAAACGUGAGCAGAGUGGAUUUGUGUGAGCAGAUGGAAAUGUCUGUAAAAUUGGGCGUUCAUGUAUAUUUCAGCAGCUCUGAUGUGUUCAAAGGUGCUAUAAAAACCUAAACCUGUUUCUGAGUGCUUGUAGUGUUAGACCAAAUACUGAAUAUACCUCUCUGAAUAUUCAUUUUUUCUUUUGCUCUGCACCAUGUUUGCCUGUCAAUUGGAAGCACACAUUCACACCUCUGUACAUGGUUGUCAUUGGCUGUUCAUGGACAGGGACAAGUGCUCUGUCACUAAAUAACAAUAAUAAUAAGAAUAACUUUAUUUUUAUAGCACUUUUACAAUCAGACGUUUAAAAGGUGCUUUGACAUAUAGUCAUAAAGCACAUGGAAAAAGACAGAUAAAAACUAAAGCUAAGUUAAAACGGAGUUAUAGGCCGUUUUCAUAAGUCAUAAGGAAACCCAGACAAUACAAGAACCAUGCAACAUAAAAUGAGACCAUGAGGACCAAAAUAAAAACAUAAAAUAGUUAAUAAAAAGAAUAAAAAAAAAUGCAAUUAAAAGGGGCGUUUAAAGCUGAAAACAGGAUAGUAAAUCUAAAAAAACGAUAUUAAUAAUGAUAAUAAAAUAAGUAAUACUGAUAGUAGUAGUAAUGAUAAAAUAAAGCAACAGAAGUGAGCAAGAGGAAAAAACAAACAAACGCAAAACAAUAAAAGGCCUAAAUGGUUAAUUUAAAAAAUAGUAUAAUUAUAAUGUAUUAAUUAUUGGCAUUAAUGAAGGUAUGCACACGGUUACGACCACAUCAGAGUAUUCUGUUAUUUCCGGUGUGGGUUUUUAUAACCAAGAACAUUUGUGAGCAGAUGUACGCAUAGAUUUACAAACGUUUCAUGAAUGAGACCCAUUGUGUUCGUGCAUGUAGAUUAUCUUCUUGAACGAGCCGCAGUUUUAAAUACCGUUCUGUAAAGGCUGUUUAAACGGCACACCUUGUUUCUCAGUCAUCCUCAUUCUUGCUUAUAAACACAUUUGUCGUGAAACCAGGAGCCUCAGUUAUCAGUACUGUAUCAAAAACAUCUGCAGUUUUUUUUUCAUAACAAGGCGAGUUAUUUAUACAGCGCUUUGAGGAAUUCAGAGUGUUUCACAGAGUUGUAAAAAGGCUGUUUUGAUGUGUUCUCUCGUUCUUUCACAGAAUGAAGAUGUCAGACCGCACAUCCGAGAGCAGUUUCGUUUGCAUGACCUCCUUCCUCCAGACUGA